AUGGCCGAAAUUCCCCCCGUCAAAACCUUGGACUGGGGUACCGUCAAACCCUUGGGGUGGGAUAAGAUGAAAAACCACUGGUGGCAGUUUGUCUUCAUUGGCGUUUUGCUAGCCUGUGUUUCUAUUGGGUGUUUGAAACUCCUCUACUCUGGAGUCACCCGAGUAUGGAAGUACUACAAGACGAGACCACGUUUAGACGCUGUGCCCCCCAACGUGGUUCAACGGCUUGACAGGCUCUCGGACCGCCAACUGGUACUGAGGAAUUUUGAACGACGAAAGCCCUCUUCCUUUGGCGUCUAUCUGGGAUCUUUUAGCUCUCCACCGACUGAAGAGCAGCACAGACUCCUACACCAGUGGGACCUGUUGAUCGUCGAUCCUUCUCAGCCUGGUGCUAUUGAAGCGAUCGGCUCCGUCGAGGGGAAACAGUUGGUGGGCCGUAUCGAUCUCAACUACGUCAUUUCCAGGGAAGAUUCGACCUUGUUGGGCAUCCAAAAGUUGGAAAACGCUCUAGUUCAAAAUUGCGACGGCACCAACUUUAGCGGAAUUCUCCUGGCGAACUGGGAAAACGCAUUCGCAUCUAGUGUUCUCACCCGACUUAUUGAGGUUAUCGACGAAUUAAGUCUGGCUGUCUAUCUGGAAACCGCACCACCGAACUUCCUGAAGGAUCACAAGGCUCUGCAAAGUGAUGCUAUUUCCGGGCUCGUCAUCAAAAAUGCCAGCAUUAUGCCUCAGGGCGAGAAAAGGGACUAUUUCCAGAUCACGAAACUGCAGCCCACCAUCAAGGCUUUCGUCUCCGAAGCGUGUAUGAGGGACUUCGUCGUUAUGGCGUGGGAAACCAUUGAGGAUGGAGCCGCCCUGUCCAAUGCCACUGUCCAGCGAUCUCUUCAGUGGUGCAAUUUCUACAGCGCCAUCCCUUGGAUUGGCCGAGAGUCCGCUCUCGAAAACGCCGCCCUCAACGUCAAGAUCACGGAGCCACUUUCCUCCUUUGGGUGGCUGAAGGACGCCGAGGUCAUGAAAGUUCACGAUCGUUGGCGCUUCAACCUCCAUGUCCAGAAGACCGUAGCUGAUCAGCAGGACUGGGCCACAUUGGCUCAGUACUUUCCAACAGUGAAGGAUGUUCUUGCGUCAUCGGAAUCUGACCCUGCUGUUACGGACGGUCCAACGGCCAUGGUUCGUGACCCCCCCGAGUGGGUGGCUCAAAUCAAGUCGCACGGGAGCCCUUUGUCGGUAUCUACGACCGGGAUGGAGUAUAAAGGAUUCGGCUGUUUUCCCCUGGGCUCGGAGGCUACGCCCGUCGCCUUUGCGGAGAUUCUGCAGUCCCAGCAACGGCUCAAGUCGCUUGCACUGCUUCAUCCCGUCCCAGCGACAACGGUCCCCGAUAUUGCAAAGGUCCUGAAGAAAUUUCUCCAAACUUCUGGGGACUCCGAGUGGAAUCCUUCAGAUCAACUUGUUGCAUCCGUGAGGGAGCUGUGCAAUCUGGCGGCCACCGAUUCUUUGCGAGUCAAUCUGGCGUUGGACUCUGGGCUUCGUAAAAGCACCGAUAUCCGUUUCUGGGCUGUGUAUCAAAUGGACUCAGAGGUAUUCGAGGUCUUCGCUUCUAAAAAUGCCCAAGGUUUGGUUGGCACCGUGCUGCACACCUUCCUCUCUGCAAAGGGCUACCCCCGCCAUGUCUGCUUCGAAGCGGAGGUCGCUUUUGCCAAAUGGUCAAAUGAUUUGGUCAACGAUACCGGCCUCCCUCGCCGGCUUGUUCAAGAUAUCGACGCCUUGAGCCCGGAGGAGCGACUCCUCCUGCUACAACACUUGUCCUUGACAGAUGCAAAGAGCGGACUUUCGGAGACCAUCUGUACAUACAUCUGGAGGCAGCUUAUUGACGCUCCUUCACUUGCCCAACUCAAGGAACUCAACACGACCUCCUAUCUCGAAGGAUCUGUUUCUCCUGAAGAUUUGGUCAACGCCCGUGUGUCUUGGUACCAGGAGCAAGGAACGCAUUACCCCUCCGCUUCUACAUGCCUGGCUCUCUUUAACGAGACAGACUCGGUCUUCACUCAAAUUCUAAAAGAACACCGUGAGAAGGACCUGGCCCAGAUAUCCAGUGGUCUCUGUAGGCUCCUCCAGAACGACGCAAUUGACGCAUAUAUCGACAUCAUGGCUCUUUCACUGUUUUGCGCCGCAAGAAAGGGUGCACUCGACGAGAUCUACACCGAGGUAACCGAUCGAAACCCAUUAUUCAACAACCAGUCCGACCAGGCCGCCGCCUUUGCAGAGUCCUUUGCUCUUGGAUCUCGAUGCGAAGCGUACUUUGAUGUAACGCCUAGCGCGUUUGGAAAGUUGCUCCUUGCCCGAUUCAGGAAGGAAUAUACCGACGACAAGCUGCCAGAUUGGAUCAACGGUGCUCCCGAGAUGGCCACUUCCUAUGCUGGGGCCCAGAUCGAUGUUAACCCGGACGACAAGGUUAAGCCAAUGCGUGGGUACCAACGGUUUACAUUUCUCAGCGUGUUUGCGUUCCCGGCUCUAGUCGACAUUAUUUUGCUUACGAUCAGCGGUCGUGGGCUGUACCUGUCUGUGUGGAUGACGUACGCGGAAAGAGAGAGCGCCACCAAUGCCUUGAUGAUCUCGCUUCUACUCUCCGGCGCCAUCGGUACGUGGAUUGCGUGCGGAGGCCCUUACUACCUCAUCUCAAUGGCCUUUGCCGCCUCCAACAUGUUUGUUCUUAUCCGACUUUUUGCUGGAAUCGCCUUCGUCGUGGCUGGGGGGCUGAUUGGGUUUGUUGCUGUCUCCGCGGUAAAUGGGCCACGGGCCGGAAUCAUCUUUUAUCUCUAUCUCAUUGCGUUGACCAUUUAUUUUUCCACCUUUGCCUCGCUCGCGAGUUUCAGCUAUCCAGGAUCGAGCUUUUUGUCCGGCCGCGUGGUCAUCUUCUCGUGCCUUCCCAUCCUCGUUAUCUCUCCGAUCGUCACCACCUUCACGGGCCAUGAUUCAGCCAUUUACCUCACCGUCCUCUACGUUUUCAUCGGCUCCCUCCUUUUUGGUCUUCGGCGAAUUGCCACGAAGUGGGUCACCUGGUAUCAGGGUCUGAGAAGAACCGACGACACAGAAAUCCGGAAGUGGUACGUUACGGCACACAGCGCCGGUGAAGAGAAGGUCUUUGGGAAUCUGAGUGACCCCGCGGUUUUGAAGCUGUCCAGAGAAGCGCUGCUGAAGGACGUCAUGGCAGAGAAAAACCGGCGUGUUUUCUCCAAGGCGACAACGGAUACUCUUGUCCUUGAGCUUGCCCGGGACUGGGACGCGACCAAUUUCCUCCUCAACUGGUACUGCAGAUACGCCGACGUGCCCCGACCAAUUCCAUUCAGCUCGGGUUGGAAUAUCCAGACAAAAGUAGCCUUGGAUACCCUGCGUAGCUCCCAGAAAGGAAUCCGGCUACACAACGCUUUCAUCCAUUGGCGCCAAUCAAGCAGAGAGAUUGGUUGUGGGAUCCUGUAUUUCAUUCUGGCUUUGCUUGAUAAGUGGGUAGAGCUGUUGAGCGGUGGCCAUCUGGUCGGUCUCGCCCCGGAAGUCUCUGAUUCCAAUCGAAUGUCUGUCGGAUUUGGUUUGGCCUACUAUCUCAUCGGCGCAGUGCUCAUUGAUACGAAGGCCCAGGAGCUCCAUGACCUGAUCGGUAAACACUCGGCUGUGGCCGUGGGCACUGCAAAGGAUAUACGCCCUUCGCAGAAACGAGACAUAAGGUUCAAGAGGCAGGUGUACUGGAGAACCUUUGGGAAGUACCUGAUGUGGCAUGUGUGGAGUCUUGCCCUGGCGACCGCGCUCAUCUGGACCUUCCAGCCAAUGGUAGAGGCUAUGAUUAUGUUUUUUGCCUACGUACUAGCAUACACCGGGUUGCUGUGGUACCAGUAUACGAAGAUCUUUUCUGGACCUCAUGCUUUACGACCCUUAAUGGCCGGAAUCGUUGUCGGAUUGUCGGUUGGUAUCGCCCUCAAGGUCCGUCUCCCUGGAUUUAUUUACUCCCAGGUGAUUGGACUAGGGGCCGCCACAUGGACAGUCGCCAUCCUCACUUUGCUGACCGCGAAGAUGGGCAUGCCUAAACGGGUAGAAUCACCGGUGGAGCUGGGAAAGACUUUCCAUGCGUUCACCGCGCCAUGGGCAGAUCCGGAUUGGUCUCAACAAGAGUUACAGACGUUUUUCGAGGGGAUUUCGCUCAUUCCCGCCGAUGCUAGGCUGAGACUCAGUCCCAGCAUACACCCCGGCGUCGAGGUGAAGAAUAUCUUGCUUACGCGACGCAGGGAGCCAAGGAUAGAAGAAGCAUUUCCGCAGUCGCAGAAACUCGUCGACAAAGCCCUGUCCGCCUGGGAGAAGGGACAAAUCUCUCUUGAACUCGUCCCUCUUGGGUCUCUCGGUCCGAAUAUCCAGGCCCUGAGCUGCAAUGCCUCAGAUCAGUUGAGGAUUGCUGUCUGUGUGGGACGCGGACUGGACGAGCGAAUUGAUGUCAGUGCAAACUGUCAGGUUAUCGCGGAGACACUCCUUCACACAGUGGCCGAGUCGAUUCUCCGAAUGCCUCACGAGUAUGCGGUGCUCGCGGAAUCGCUCGUCACAGCUGGCGUCACCGAGACCACUGCGCGACAACUUCGUGAAGAAAUUAAUACGCCACUUGUCGUACGCUGGGCCAAGAAGGAGCUUCUGCGCCAGCUUUGCCUUGGUUCGAGUGUGACGCUCACUGGGAAAAGUUACCAAAGCCUGUGA